AUGACGGACAAUCAUCAGCGAGAUGUCUCGCAGUACAAGUACUCGGCGAUGUCCAACCUGGUCCUCCAGGCGGACCGUCGAUUCUACACUCGCCGAACAGAUGAGGCCAGCGGAGACCCCGAGUCAUUGGCCGGCCGACUGUCCAUCAAGGACAUGGGAGCACGCGUUGCUCGAGAUAUCGCGCCGAAGCAGAAGAAAUCAGCGAUGCCGGAUAUCCAGAGAGGCGCGGUUGGAGAGGGCGAGGACAUCCUCUUACGAGAGCAGCGCAGGAAAGCAGGAGCUGGACCAACAAGAGGCGGAGGCAUCUUGUCUGGUGCAGACGCGCUAGUGGAAGGUCUUCGAUAUCGGCCGCGCACCCAAGCGACCCGAGCAACCUUCGAUGUCAUAUUAACCAUUGUUGCCAACAAUCUUGGCGACGUCCCUCAGGAAGUUGUCCGGAGUGCGGCCGAUGCUGCAUUGGAAUACCUCAAGGAUGAGGACCUGAAAGAUUUUGAUAAGAAGAAGGAAAUCGAUGAGCUUCUAGGUGUCAGUCUCAGCCCUAAGGAAUUCAACGAGAUGGUGAAUCUGGGCAAAAAGAUAACCGAUUAUGAUGCUCAAGACGAUGAUGAGGAAAUGGGCGAUGCAGGACUCGGCGACGAUGGCGAAAUCGAUGAGCGCCAAGGUGUUGCCGUCGCUUUCGAAGAUGAAGACGAAGAUGCCGAAGGCAUCGUGGAUGAGGUCCGGGAGGAGUCUUCCGAGGACGAAGAGGACGAGGACGAGGACGAGGAGGAUCGUCCUGGUCUCGAGGAAGUUGCUGAAGCAGGUGGCGCAGGUGAAGACAGAGAUGAAGAAGGCGCCGGCCUAGCAGACGAAGAUGCAAUGAUUAUCGAUUCAGCAACAGGUGCCAAGCGACAAAGCAAAGAUAAGGACAGCAAUUACAUUGCUGCCCGCGAAAUUGAUGCUUAUUGGCUUCAGCGUCAAAUUGGUAAACUGUAUCCGGACGCCCACACACAACACGACAAGACACUUCAAGCGCUGCAUAUUCUCUCUGGCCAACCUGAUGAGGAAGGAGGUGAAGAGAAGCAGCUUCGCGAAAUCGAAAACGAGCUCAUGGAACUGUUCGACUAUGAACACCACGAGGUUGUUCAAAAGCUCAUCGAGAAUCGAGAAAAAGUGGUAUGGCUUACUCGGCUGGCGCGGGCUGAACGCGCAGAAGAACGAGAGACCAUCGAGCGAGAGAUGGUCUCGGAAGGCCUGCGAUGGAUUCUGGAUGAAUUGCAUGGCAAGUCCACUGACGGCCAGAAGAAGGGCAAGAUGGAGAUCAAAAUGGACAUCGACGGACCAGGAUUUGCUGCUGGGGCUGAUGCCAAACCUGAACGGCCUGAAGGGCAGUUGAUAGGUGGCCUUCAACCUCGAAAACUUAUCAACCUCGAGAACAUUGCCUUCGACCAAGGAAACCAUCUAAUGACCAAUCCCAAGGUGAGACUCCCGGAAGGUUCUACCAAGAGGACUGGAAAGGGCUACGAAGAAAUACACGUCCCUGCGCCGAAGAAGCGCAACGACCCCAGCGAUGUGAACGUCCCCAUCACAGACAUGCCUGAAUGGGCCCGUAUUCCCUUCAGCACCACAAAGAGUCUGAACAAGAUUCAGUCGAAAUGUUAUCCUUCUGCCUUCGAGGAUGAUGGAAACAUGCUUAUUUGUGCACCGACUGGUAGUGGCAAGACCAAUGUUUCUAUGCUUACCAUUCUGCGGGAAAUUGGUAAGAACAGAAAUGCAGAGACGGGCGAGAUUGAUCUAGAUGCCUUUAAAAUCGUCUACAUUGCACCACUCAAGGCUCUCGUCCAGGAGCAGGUUGGUAACUUCGGCGCACGCCUGAAGGAGUUCGGGAUCAAGGUGUCUGAGUUGACCGGUGAUCGUCAACUCACAAAGGCGCAGAUUGCGGAGACGCAGAUUAUUGUGACAACCCCCGAGAAAUGGGAUGUUAUCACGAGAAAAGCUACGGAUCUAUCCUAUACAAACCUCGUACGUCUCAUUAUAAUAGACGAGAUCCAUCUUCUGCAUGAUGAUCGUGGCCCUGUCAUCGAGAGCAUCGUUAGCAGGACGAUACGAAAAACAGAGCAGACUGGCGAGCCGGUGCGGAUUGUUGGCUUGUCCGCCACACUUCCGAACUAUAGAGACGUCGCUAGUUUCCUCCGGGUUGAUCCUCAGAAAGGGUUGUUCCACUUUGAUGGCUCGUUCAGGCCGUGCCCCUUACGUCAGGAAUUCAUUGGCGUAACAGAGAGAAAAGCAAUCAAGCAAUUGAAGGUUAUGAACGAGAUCACCUACACCAAGGUUUUGGAGCAUGUCGGCAAGAACCGCAACCAGAUGCUCAUCUUCGUUCAUUCUCGCAAGGAAACCGCGAAAACUGCCCGCUACAUACGGGACAAGGCUCUCGAGAUGGAAACAAUCAAUCAGAUUCUCAAGAGCGAUGCGGGUACGAGAGAAGUUUUGCAAGAAGAAGCAGACCAAGUCAACGACAAGGAACUAAAAGACUUGCUGCCUUACGGCUUCGGCAUUCAUCAUGCCGGCAUGAGCCGACCAGAUCGAAAUGCUGUGGAAGAUCUCUUCGCAGGCGGCCAGAUCCAGGUUCUCGUUUGUACAGCCACAUUGGCAUGGGGUGUCAACUUGCCAGCACACACCGUCAUCAUUAAAGGUACCCAAGUCUACUCCCCUGAGAAGGGUAGCUGGGUCGAGCUCAGCCCACAAGAUGUUCUGCAAAUGCUAGGACGUGCUGGUCGCCCUCAGUACGACACAUAUGGUGAGGGUCUGAUCAUUACCACCCAAGGCGAAAUGCAGUAUUAUCUGUCUCUCCUCAACCAACAACUGCCGAUCGAAAGUCAACUUGUAAGUCGGCUAGUUGAUAAUUUGAAUGCGGAGGUUGUCCUUGGCAAUGUGCGCAGUCGUGACGAAGGAGUAGAGUGGCUUGGAUACACCUAUCUCUUCGUCCGAAUGCUUAGGUCCCCUGGCCUCUAUAGCGUUGGACCUGAGUAUGAAGACGACGAGGCUCUGGAACAGAAGCGAGUCGAUCUCAUUCAUUCCGCCGCUACCGUAUUGAGGAAAGCCAAUUUGAUCAAGUAUGAUGAUAAGACGGGAAAGCUCCAAGCUACUGAGCUCGGCCGCAUUGCAUCGCACUACUACAUCACGCAUGGUUCGAUGGAGACCUAUAAUAACCUUAUUCAGCCAUCUAUCACAACCAUCGAGCUUUUCCGCGUAUUUGCUCUGAGUGCCGAAUUCAAAUACAUUCCUGUUAGACAAGAAGAGAAGCUUGAACUCGCUAAGUUGCUUGGACGAGUCCCAAUCCCAGUCAAAGAGAGCAUUGAGGAGCCUCACGCAAAAAUAAACGUCCUUUUGCAAGCAUACAUCUCCCGUUUGCGUCUCGAUGGUUUGGCUCUCAUGGCCGACAUGGUGUACGUUACCCAGUCUGCAGGUCGUAUUCUUCGAGCGAUUUUUGAGAUCACGAUGAAGAAAGGUUGGGCCACUGUUGCCAAGACAGCUCUAGAUCUGUGCAAGAUGGCCGAGAAGAGAAUGUGGCCAACAAUGUCGCCGCUUCGCCAAUUUCCUACAUGCCCUAGAGAUAUUGUCCAAAAGGCCGAAAGGAUCGACGUACCUUGGAGCAGCUAUUUUGAUCUCGACCCCCCGCGCAUGGGAGAGCUGCUAGGGCUGCCCAAAGCUGGGCGUAUUGUAACCGGACUGGUUGCUAAGUUUCCUAGACUGGACGUGCAGGCACAGAUUCAACCCAUGACGAGAUCGAUGCUCCGUGUUGAAUUGAGCAUCACACCCAACUUUGAAUGGGACGAUAGUGUCCAUGGCGCUUCUGAAAGCUUUUGGAUUCUUGUCGAAGACUGUGAUGGGGAAGACAUCCUUUUCCAUGACCAAUUUCUUUUACGGAAAGACUAUGCAGAGUCAGAGUCGAAUGAGCACCUGGUUGAGUUCACUGUGCCCAUUACUGAGCCAAUGCCACCCAAUUACUUCAUCUCCGUGGUCUCAGACAGGUGGAUGCAUUCUGAGACUCGAGUUGCAGUCUCUUUCCAGAAGCUCAUUCUCCCUGAGAAAUUCCCGCCGCACACGGAGUUGCUAGAUUUACAACCUCUCCCGGUAUCUGCUUUAAAGGCGAAAGACUAUGUCGCCUUGUAUCCCGGAUGGGAGCAUUUCAACAAGAUCCAAACGCAAACUUUCAAUUCGCUGUACACAACGGAUCAAAAUGUCUUCGUCGGUUCGCCGACUGGAAGCGGAAAGACUAUUUGUGCCGAAUUUGCGUUGCUCCGCCAUUGGUCUAAGCAAGAAAGCGGGCGUGCCGUGUAUAUUGCGCCAUUCCAGGAACUCGUGGAUCUUCGUUUCCAGGAUUGGCAAAAGCGUUUCUCAGAGUUGAGAGGUGGGAAGGACAUCGUGAAGUUGACAGGAGAGACUACCACUGAUCUCAAGCUCCUUGAGGCAGGGGACCUCAUCCUUGCGACUCCCAUUCAAUGGGAUUCGCUCUCUCGGCAAUGGAAGCGGCGUAAGAAUGUCCAGACCGUUGAACUCUUCAUUGCUGACGAACUACACCUGCUUGGUGGACACAUGGGGUACAUCUACGAGAUCAUCGUAUCCCGAAUGCAUUACAUCCGAACGCAAACAGAGCUGCCCAUGAGAAUUGUUGGUCUCAGCGUCUCCCUUUCCAAUGCGCGAGAUGUUGGCGAAUGGAUAGAUGCGAAAAAGCAUGAUAUCUAUAAUUUCAGCCCUCACGUCCGACCAGUCCCGCUAGAGCUUCACAUCCAGUCCUAUACCAUCCCUCAUUUCCCAUCAAUGAUGCUCGCUAUGGCGAAGCCAACAUACCUGGCUAUCACACAGAUGUCUCCCGAUAAGCCUGCUCUUGUCUUCGUGCCAAGUCGAAAGCAGACAAGAGCUACAACGCGUGACAUUCUUACAGCGUGUUUCGCAGAGGAUGACGAAGACCGAUUUCUCCAUGCCGAAGUUGACCAAAUGCGGCCUCUUCUGGCCCGUGUACACGAGGAAGCUUUAGCCGAGGCGCUUUCUCAUGGUGUUGGCUACUAUCAUGAAGCUCUCAGCCAGAGCGACAAGCGCAUCGUCAAACAUCUUUACGACAAUGGUGCCAUCCAAGUUCUUGUAGCAUCUCGUGACGUCUGCUGGGAGCUUGACUGUACAGCUCACUUGGUAGUCGUUAUGGGAACGCAAUACUUUGAGGGCAGAGAACAUCGAUAUGUCGAUUACCCACUUAGUGAAGUUUUGCAAAUGUUUGGCAAGGCUCUGCGCCCAUCCAAGGAUGGCAGGGGCAGAGGUGUUCUCAUGCUUCCCGCAGUCAAGAGAGAAUACUAUAAGAAGUUCCUCAACGAGGCUUUGCCAGUGGAGUCUCAUCUCCAUGCUUUCUUGCAUGACGCGUUUGUCACUGAGAUCAGCACUAAGAUGAUUGAAUCGGGUGAUGAUGCUAUCAACUGGACAACGUUCACGUACUUUUACCGCCGUCUUCUUGCCAACCCAAGCUACUAUAGUCUGACGAACACCACACAUGACGGUCUGAGCAACUAUCUCUCUGACUUGGUGGAGACGACGCUCAAGGAGCUGUCCGAGUCGAAGAUUAUCGAGUUCGAUGAAGACGACGGAACGGUGUCCCCGUUGAACGCAGCUAUGAUCGCGGCGUACUACAACAUCUCUUACAUCACCAUGCAGACCUUCCUGUUGUCGCUUAGUGCACGUACGAAACUCAAGGGCAUCUUGGAGAUUGUGACCUCCGCCACAGAGUUUGAGGCAAUUCAGAUCAGAAGACAUGAGGACAAUCUCCUCCGUCGUAUAUACGACAGAGUGCCCGUCAAGAUGUCAGAGCCGGUGUUUGAUUCACCGCAUUUCAAAGCAUUUGUUCUUCUCCAAGCACAUUUCUCACGAAUGCAGCUGCCCAUCGACUUGGCCAAGGAUCAAGAGGUAAUUGUCUCUAAGGUUCUUAGCCUCCUAAGCGCUACUGUUGAUAUCCUGUCAUCCGACGGACACCUCAAUGCAAUGAACGCGAUGGAGAUGUCACAAAUGGUGGUCCAAGCCAUGUGGGAUCGCGACAGUCCUCUCAAGCAAAUCCCGCACUUCGGUCCGGAAGUCGUCAAAGUUGCAAACGAAUUUGGAGUCAAGGAUAUUCUUGACUUCAUGGAUGCAAUGAAUCCGGAAGAGAACCCGCAAUACAGUGCUCUCGUGAAGCAGCUCGGUUUGUCACAAAAGCAGCUGGUGGAGGCAGCGAACUUCACAAAUGAGAAAUAUCCUGAUGUGUCUUUGGAGUUCGACGUUGAGGACCCUGAGAGCCUUCAAGCUGGUGAACCGUCAUAUCUCAAUAUUCGGAUCGAACGAGAGAUCGAGGACGACGAUUUUGAUCCUACCGUCCACGCCCCUUUCUACCCAUCCAAGAAGAUGGAGAGCUGGUGGUUGGUUGUCGGUGAAGAAAACACUAAGACGCUACUCGCCAUCAAGAGAAUCACCUUCGGACAGAAGCUUAAUGUCCGUCUUGAAUUUACUGUUCCUACCCCCGGCGAGCAUGAUUUGAAGUUGUUCCUCAUGAGCGACAGCUAUGUUGGCGUGGACCAGGAGCCAGGCUUCUCCGUUACCGUUGCGGAGGCUAUGGAGGUGGAUGAAGAUGAUGAUGAGGAUGAGGAUGACGAGGAGUGA